GACCUCAGCACGCAGCUCUCCCGCACGGGCACCCUGGCUCGGAAGGGCACCAAGACCUCGGCGCAGGCCGUGGGCACCCUGGGGAGGAGCACCCGUGUGCCCGAGCCCAUCCAGCCGCCCGUGGUGCCCGAGGGGAAGCUCUCGGCAGCCUCCUCCACCUCCUCGCUGGCCUCCGUCAGCUCCAGCGGGGCCCCGGCAGCCACUGCUGAAGGAAUCCCGGCCCCGCCACCGCUGCCCUCCCUGCCGGGACCACCCCCCCCGGGACCACCCCCCCUCCCUGGCACUGCCAUCCCCCCGCCGCCCCCUCUCCCCGGGGCUCUGCUCCCGCCGCCCCCCCCAGGGGACUCGGCCGUGCCCCCCCCGGACCUGCCACCCCCAGCCCCCGAGGACCUGGAGCCGCUGCCCCCACCAUCAGCUCUGCCCGACUUCGAGGACUUGGCCCCGCCCCCCCCCCCCCCCCCCUCAGAGGAGCCUUCCUGGGUCCCAGAGAACUACCUGGAGAAAG